UUGGUACGCUUUUCAACUUCCUGAAGCAGAAUGGCAAGUUCUCAACAAGAUGAAGACUGGCAAUCGACAAAGGCGAUAGUGUUAGAACGAAGCUGUCAUAUGUUUAACAAUCCACUUAUGAGCGAUAUUGAGUUUACUUGUGAUGGGUCCGAGAGGAAAAUCGUCGCGCACAAAUACGUCUUGGCCACAAGUAGCUCAGUAUUUUAUAAGAUGUUUUAUGGCAAACUGCCAGAGACGAAACCAUGUGUUCAUUUGGACGAUAUUAAUGCAGAAGAUUUGGAAGAAUUCAUACGAUUCAUUUACACUGACGAAUGCAAUUUGACAACACAUAAUGCCAUGUCAGUGUUGUACUUAGCCAAGAAGUAUAUCGUGUCUUCGCUUGUUCAGAAAUGUAUUAAAUUUCUCGAAGCCAACCUCGCUGCAGAAAAUGCUUUUACAGUCGUGCAACAAGCAAUUCGAUAUAUCGAGGAAGAUCUUGAGAAGAAAUCCUGGGAUCUGAUUGAAUUGCACACAUACGAAGCUGUCACUUCUGACGCCUUUACUAGCAUUGAUCAAGAGACUUUAGCAAAGUUACUGAAGCGAGAAUCGUUAAACGUCAAAGAGGUUGAUCUUUUCAAUGCAGUCUUAAAAUGGAGCGAAGCAGAAUGUUCGAGGAAGGGAACAGAAGCGAACACAAAGAACAAGCGAACUGUCUUGGGAAAUGCUAUUUAUCAAAUUCGUUUUGCUUCUAUGACCCUUCAAGAAUUUGCUUGGAAUACAGCCGACUCAGACCUACUUACCGCAGACGAAAUGAUUUUCUUUUACCAGAAUUUUAGCGGAGUAGAAAGAGUGUCCGAAGUGUGGAACAUGUCAGAAAGGAAAGCAAAGAAAGAAACUUUUCUAAGAUGCAGUAGAUUUGCUGGACAUGGAAGUUUCGUAUUUGAUGAAUGUAAGCCACUUGCGCACGCAAUAAGUGUAUCGUUUAGUAAGCCAGUGAAAAUCCACGGUGUUCGUUUGCUAGGCGAGGCAGGGAAGAAAUACGAUGUGCGAUUAGAGGUCUACUCUCAGAUCAUCGAAAAUAAAUUUCGUUCACACGAGGAUAGUCCUGGCAUGUCUGGGGUUGACGAUAGUCCUGGCAUGUCUGGAUUUGAUGUCAUGUUGAAUCAAAGUUUAAGCCAAUGUUCCUGUUCCUUUCAAAGCCACCAUAAGUGCCAAGAACCAAGUUAUGAUUUACCACGGAUCGGAUGGUUAAAAGACUGUAGAAAUGAAUGGUGUUACUAUAAAGUUCUUCGAUGUUCCAGAGCUAAAACAUGGGCUAACGUCUGUGGAACGAGGUCAAUUUCAUCAAAUUAUUUUCAGUAUAGUUACUUAACAUGAGACACAUUUUUCUUGCGGUUUUCAAAACAAAUAUUCACUGUAACGCCAUAUAUAGAAUUUACGCAUAUAUAUUGAGGUGGAAUUGGGGGGGGGGGGGCUGGUACCAAAUUAAUUAAAAUUGAGACGUUCUCAGACCAAAUUAUGUUAAUAGUAUAAACCUAUUAGUACUCAGUAGUAGGCUAUCAUAUAUCGUGCGUUCUGAUUGGCUACGCUACUAGUAGGUUUUACAGUAGUAGGCUUUUAAUGAUAGCCUAUACUAGUAGCAACAAGCGGCAAAGAGCGUGAGAGUCAAUGGCCGUUUUUAAGUAUUAAUAAUGGCCUAAUUUUUGUUCUGGAUUACACACAGUCAAAGACUCUUGGAAACUGCUGACACAUACGGUAAAAUUUUAAAGUUUUCUCAAUUUUGCUCAUAGUUUUGAACAUAGAAGUGACAGGCGAUUUUUUAAUUUAAAAUAUAUGCACAAUGUUUGUUAAUAUUCCAACCAGAAUCGUUGAAAUUGAACAAUACUUUGUAGGUACUUACCCCUAUUUUCUCAACCUCUUUAGUAUAUGCCUGUUUUAAGAACGAGUUCAUGUAUUUAGC